AAUUGACGUCAGAGCGGUUCGUAAUUUGACGUGUAAACAUCCCUUCCCCUUCCACGACUCUCUCAUUGGUGGCUCUCCAUGCGCGUUCAAUUACUCGCUCAGACUGCAUCAGAAUUAAGAGGAGAAUAUAGCGUUUCCAAGGAAGGCUUUUGGAGCUGGACUGAUAUUCCUUUUGUUUAUAUAUUCUGUAUUUAUUUGUAACUUAUUUCUAUUUAACUGUUUUGUAUUCAUCGUGAUCAUCCAGAUCAAAUUUAAGUGGUUGUAAUUGAUUUGAAAUGGAAGAAAGAUGUCGUCCAAUGUUGCUGUGCAGUGUUCUUGCUCUGUUCUGUGCGCUGGUGUCCUCAGCUGUGGACAGACAGUAUCUGAACGAAUGGGCGGUGGAGAUUCCAGGAGGAGCCCACAAUGCGCGAUCCAUCGCCGACGAGCUCGGCUACGAAUUAGUCCGACAGAUUGGGGCGCUGAAAAACCAUUAUUUAUUCAAGCGGCACAAUCACCCUAGCAGGACCAAAAGAAGUGCGGAUCAUAUCACCAAACGUCUGUCGGAAGAUGACAGGGUGUCUUGGGCCGAACAACAGUAUGAGAAGCGAAGGGCCAAACGUGCCCCACUGGGGACAGAAUGCAGGGACUGCUCGGUGGACAAACUCUUCGACGACCCCAUGUGGAACCAACAGUGGUAUCUACAAGACACCCGGACAUCUUCAUCCCUCCCCAAAUUGGAUCUACACGUGAUCCCUGUCUGGAAGAAGGGCAUCACGGGCAAAGGAGUGGUCAUCACCGUGUUAGAUGAUGGCCUGGAGUGGAACCACACCGACAUAUACCCUAACUACGAUCCUGCUGCUAGCUAUGAUUUUAACGACAAUGAUCCUGAUCCCUUUCCCAGAUACGACUCCACCAAUGAAAACAAGCAUGGUACCAGAUGUGCUGGAGAGAUUGCCAUGCAAGCAGACAACAACAAAUGUGGCGUCGGAGUGGCCUACAACUCCAAAGUGGGAGGAAUACGAAUGCUAGAUGGAAUCGUGACAGAUGCCAUUGAAGCCAGUUCGAUCGGCUUUAACCCUGAACACGUGGACAUCUACAGUGCUAGCUGGGGCCCUAAUGAUGACGGGAAGACCGUGGAGGGGCCCGGGCGUCUGGCCCAAAAAGCUUUUGAGUACGGUAUCCAGAAGGGGCGUGGUGGGAAGGGCUCCAUUUUCGUCUGGGCGUCUGGUAACGGUGGGCGUCAGGGCGACAACUGUGAUUGUGAUGGAUACACAGACAGUCUGUACACAAUCUCCAUCAGCAGCGCGUCUCAGCAGGGUUUGUCUCCGUGGUACGCUGAAAAAUGCUCCUCUACGCUGGCCACGGCCUACAGCAGCGGAGACUACACGGACCAGAGAAUAACUAGCGCCGAUUUGCACAAUGAAUGCACAGAGACACACACUGGCACGUCUGCAUCUGCCCCAUUGGCUGCUGGGAUAUUUGCACUGGCUUUGGAGCAAAAUCCUGAUCUCACCUGGCGAGACCUUCAGCACUUGGUGGUUUGGACGUCUGAGUUUGACCCCCUGGCCAAUAACCCAGGCUGGAAAAGGAACGGAGCUGGAUUGAUGGUCAACAGUCGGUUUGGGUUUGGCCUCCUGAACGCCAAAGCUCUGGUGGACCUGGCUGAUCCCAUGGUCUGGAAGCAUGUUCCGGAGAAGAAACAGUGCAUCGUCAGAGAUGAGACAUUCCAACCAAGACCAUUGAAGGCUGCAGGUGAGAUAUCCAUCGAGAUCCCCACUAAGUCCUGCGCAGGACAGGCGAAUUCUGUCGUGUCCUUAGAGCAUGUGCAGGUGGAGGUCAGCAUUGAGUACACACGGAGAGGAGACCUCCACAUCACGUUGACGUCUCCAUCAGGUACCACCACAGUCCUGCUGGCGGAGAGAGAGAGGGACACAUCAUCUAAUGGUUUCCGAAACUGGGCCUUCAUGUCCGUGCACACCUGGGGAGAGAAUCCCACUGGCACUUGGACCCUGAAGAUUACUGAUACGUCAGGACGGAUGGAAAAUGAGGGUCAGAUUCUUAGCUGGAAGUUGAUUUUGCACGGGACAUCUGAGAAGCCUGAGCACAUGAAGAAGGCGAGAGUGUACACGCCCUACAACGCUGUACAAAACGAUCGCAGAGGAGUGGAACCGAUGGAAGACAUGAUCAAGGAACCCCCGACUCCAGCUCACAAACCUGAAAUUUCAAGUCCGGUGGAUCCAGACUCACUCCCUUCCGCUGCCUCUAUCGGUGCCCCAGAGGAAAAUCCCGCAGUUGCUCCAGGCCCUUCCACUGCCAAUCUAGCCCUGCUGCGUCUCCUCCAGUCGGCCUUCAACAGGCAGACGCCGGCGGUUCCUCCGCACGCUCCUCCCAAAACCUUUCAGCAUGAGAGGAUCCCACCGCAGAAGCUGUACCAGGCCCUCGACCAGCUGAACCGCUACCGGGGCUCCGAGAACGGCCUGUUCAGUGACUACAGCGACAACUUCUACAGAGCCCAACCGUACAGGCACAGAGACGACCGGCUGCUGCAGGCGCUGUUUGACAUGAUCGGAGACGACCAGCAAUGAGACCAGCGGAGGGACAGGAAGAGUAGGUAAAAGAAGCUGGAUGCCCUGCUGAAAAGACCAGCUUAAGGCCUCGAUAUACUCACGGCGAGGUUCUUUUUCAUUCUUCGCUUUGAGGUAAAAAAAAAGCUCAAAAAAACCUUUGCAGUGCUAUACUGUUAGCGAACAUCCUGAUUGUAAGCAAACUCUAGAUGUUCGUUUUGGCCUGAUUUUGUUUGAAAUGACAUCACAGCAGUUUUUUGAUUUCGUUUGAAGUAUAUCGGGGCCUUUAGGCUUUCCAGCAACAUAGCCAUGCUGUUCACCAGAAAAAAAUGGAUUGUGAAGGUUUUGUUGGUGAAACAGCAUGUUAAACUGGUCUUGGUAUUAAAGUUGAGCAAGUUAUGCAGCGCAACUUCUAAAAUGCAGCUGGUGAACCUGGCAAACUAGUCUUUUCAGCAGGGCGAAGAAGGGGCAAGAUAGGAAGUAAGCUGGUACACAACUUCAGGGGGAUGAAAUGAGAUUCCAAGAGAAAUGUUGCAUAUUGUUCUCUUCCAGACAAGCUUGUUUUUAUCUGCACAUGUAGUUAUCAAGUAUAAGCAUUCUACGGCCUGUGUCUGUCAGUGUGAGUGUUUGUAUAUCUGUGGUGAACAGCCAGCUGUAUUUAUCCCUCAGUUUUGAACCAGGUUGCUACGAUAUAAAACCAAUGACAGGACCAAUCAUGGCAUUUCUUGCCCUUUGCCCUCUUGAUGAUUUUUCUCAUGUUGCCUUCACUGCCACCAACUUGCAUGCUAUUAAAACGUUUACAUUUGGAUGUUAUGAGAAUAUUCUACUAUAAAGAUGAUGAUUGUGAAUUGUAAAGAUUUGGGAAAGUCUCAUUCUUCACAGAAUCAGUCCUUAAAAGUCGACGUGAAAUCAAAUCUGACCCGAUUUACUUUCUUAAUGCACGUUCUUUGUCUCAUUGUGCACGAUUUGUGAGUGCACACUAUUCCAAAUACAUAAAUGUUUGUCUUAAUACUUUAGCAAAAUAUAAUGACUUGCUUUCCGCCUCUAAAACGACUUACCUUUUUGACUGAUGCCACAAAUUUCUCUUUCUAUUUCAGUUCGUCCCUAGUUCUUUUAUGAUGUAAAAAAAACACUUUUCACAUGUCAAAUUGAUAGCUAAAAUAUUUAUUUAUUUAUUUAUUAAAUACUGUUGUUUUUCUAGAGCAGGGUUUCCCAACCUUGGUUUGUGGACCUCUAGGGUGGUUAAUGAUGGAACUACAGGGAGUCUGUGAGAUUGUAAUAGAAUUACCAAAUAAAAGGUGCACGAAGUAGUAAAAUACCUGUAAAAAUAUUUUAACCUAGUACUUAAAAUGAUUUACACUAACUUUAUUCUAAAUUGGGUGGAUGAUUAAAACAUCAUAACCAUUCAAAAUCACUAAAUUUAUUAUUAAAGCUAAUAAUUAUGUAUUGUAGGGGAUCAGUGUUUGUCUAAAAUUCUGAAAUUUGCUAAAAAGACUAAAUUUGCUCCUGGGCUAUUAUCAUUAACUAAAACUAAAAACUAAAAAUUUGCUGCUUGAAAAAAAAAAAUCAACUGAAAUAAAACUAAAACAUUCUUUAGUUAAAC